GCCUGCGCCACUCUGCGCGCCGGCGGGGGCUGCGCAGGAGGAGCGCUCCGCCCGGCUACAACGCUCCGCGAGCCGGCGCGGCAACACCUGUUCGCGGCAGCCAGGGCGGCACGCGAGCUCCCGGUCGCGGCUCCGCUCGCUCGCCGCUCGCCACCCGUUCUAAGCCAAUGGACAUCUGCCGAGCCUCUGGAGAAUUCUGGAUACUAGCUUUGGACGCCUAAAGUUUUUUUCUGCUUUUUGUUUUUUUAAAUAACAAUAAUUUUUUUUUUUUUUUUUUUUUUAGAGGGGGGACCGGGAGGGGAGAUUUUGUCGCCGCCGCCAACGUGAGAUUUUUUUUUUUCCCCUUGAAGGAUUCAUGCUGAUGUCUGCAGAGUCGGUUAGAGUAAAAACAGCGCAUGCCUUCCUGGAGUCGGGAUCCGUAAAUUCUGACGUAGCCCGUGCAUCUUAAAAAUCCUUAUAAUAACGCCUAGGCAUUUAAGUUGCUAUGGUCAUUCCGAUCUCAAACCAAAUGGAGAAACUACGGAUUUUUUUUCCUUAUUACGGUCGGAUGGGAUGAAGACCUUCCUGCCUGCUAAGAGCUGGGGAUCUAUCCAUAGAGAUACAUAGAUAUGUUUAUCAAUAUGUCAGUGUGUGAGUAUAAAGUGGUGGUUUCUUAGACUAUCAGUGGUUUGACCUUGAACCUGUGCCAGUGAAACAGCAGAUUACUUUUAUUUAUGCAUUUAAUGGAUUGAAGAAAAGAACCUUUUUUUUUUUUUUCUCUCUCCGCAACUGCAGUAAGGGAGGGGAGUUGGAUAUACCUCGCCUAAUAUCUUCUGGGUUCAUACCGUCAUUAUUGUUUAUUGCUGUGCUCCAAAAGCCGAGUCCUCUGAUGGCUCCCUUAGGUGAAGUUGGGAACUAUUUCGGUGUGCAGGAUGCGGUACCAUUUGGGAAUGUGCCCGUGUUGCCGGUGGACAGUCCGGUUUUGUUAAGUGACCACCUGGGUCAGUCCGAAGCAGGGGGGCUUCCCAGGGGACCCGCAGUCACGGACCUGGAUCAUUUAAAGGGGAUUCUCAGGCGGAGGCAGCUAUACUGCAGGACUGGAUUUCACUUAGAAAUCUUCCCCAAUGGUACUAUCCAGGGAACCAGGAAAGACCACAGCCGAUUUGGCAUUCUGGAAUUUAUCAGUAUAGCAGUGGGCCUGGUCAGCAUUCGAGGCGUGGACAGUGGACUCUACCUCGGGAUGAAUGAGAAGGGGGAGCUGUAUGGAUCAGAAAAACUAACCCAAGAGUGUGUAUUCAGAGAACAGUUUGAAGAAAACUGGUAUAACACCUACUCUUCGAAUCUCUAUAAACACGUGGACACUGGAAGGCGAUACUACGUUGCGUUAAACAAAGACGGGACCCCCAGAGAAGGAAGCAGGACUAAACGGCACCAGAAAUUCACACAUUUUUUACCCAGACCAGUGGACCCCGACAAAGUACCCGAACUAUAUAAGGAUAUUCUAAGCCAAAGUUGACAAAGACAAUUUCUUCACUUGAGCCCUUAAAAAAAGUAACCACUAUAAAGGUUUCACGCGGUGGGUUCUUCUCGAUUAGCUGGGGGGUCACCCCAGCUCCACUGUUGCCAAACUUUGCCGCAUGCAUGAUGUCCGAUGGAGGCUUGGACGGGAACAUGCUGAUUCUGUUCUGCACUUACAGGCUGGUCCUCCCGGAGGCCGGCCGCUGCCCACUUGCUCGAUUUCUUGUGCGAGGAGGAGAGGGAGACUGAGCGGGGGUGCGAGUGUGUGCGUGGAUGAGUGGCAGGGGGAAUUGAAGAGAGAGGCAGAGAGGACAACGGCCUGAUGCAUGCUGGGAUUUAGACGCGCUUUUACAUUUUUGAUCAGUUGUACUUCAUCCUGUAUCCGCACAGCCAUACUUCGACUCAUCAGGAUUGGGGCUGGUGGCCUUCGCGAGGGCACGCUGCGUUUUCAGAGGUGUGGAGGGUGCAGUCUUACUUCAGAGACUUUUUCAGUUAAUGCUCGCUGGUGCCAUCCCAGUGAAUCGAAAGCAAAGACCUCUUAGGCAAAAAACAAAAAAACAAGAAAACAAAUACAAAACAAAACAAAAAAAAAAGUUAAAUUUAUUUAUAGAAAUUCCAAAGGCAACAUUUUAUUUAUUUUAUAUAUUUAUUUAUUAUAUAGAGUUUAUUUUUAAUGAAAUAUGUACAGGCCAGAUAGGCAUUUUGGAAGCUUUAGGCUCUGUAAGCAUUAAAUGGCAAAGUCCGCUACGAACCUGUGGUAAAUUCAUGCAAGUAAGUAUAACGGUGCAUGGAUGUGAGAAAUUCUAAUGACCCUAAUGUACUAAAGGCGACAAUCUCUUUUGUGCCCGUAUUAUUGUAAACUUAUGCACAUCAUUCAUGACACUGAGUAUUCACUCUUCAGACUGCUUGUUUCAUAGCUUAUCCCAGAGGAUUAAAGAAAAACUGGGUCUCAAACUUUUAUUCUGUGUCUGUAAUAUUUCCUCUCUCAUUAAGUGACUUAUUCCAUCAUUGUAACUUCACGGUUGGAAGAUAUAAGGGUUGGUAUAUAUCCUACGUGUUUAAAUCUAUUGCAGAAUAUACCAAAGCUAAACAAUAACUCUGCUUUUGUUUUAGUUGAUCUCCAGGACAACAGGUCUAACAUCAAACAUUGUACUGAUUUAGAUCCUCAAAAACGGGGG